AUGAAUGUUAAAAAAUCAACCAAAUAUGUACUUCCGCUCUUUAAAGUACCAUUUCCACCAGAACUGACGGUUGAAGAAAUCUUGAGCAGUAGAUCUGAUGACAGACUUAAAUCGAAAGCUCCCAAUAGAUACCUCAUAUAUAGACUCGCUUUCCUUAAAGAGCUUAGAAAGCGAACUGAUGAAAAUGUGUCUAUGACGAAAAUAUCGUCUUACAUUAGUUCGAUGUGGUUCAACGAAACGACUUCAGUAAGGGAUGCUUAUGAAGAUCUAUCCAAACAAGUGGAAAAUCGCCUAACAGAAAUUAGGCAGAAGGAAAAGUUAGUACUCAUCAAUGAGUCAUCGUCUCUGGGCCUACAAGAUAACUCACCUUCCGGAAUUACCGAUAACAAUGUUGUUAACCCAAAUUAUAUUCCAGUCUUUUCCGACCUUUCUUACCAAUUUGGACCACCGCAUCUAUACUUUCCAAGUUACAUUCAAAUCCCCGAUUAUUCUUACCAAUUUUCUACAUCAGUAGAUAAUUUCUUCAAUUUUGACAAUUAUUCUAUUGAGCCAUACUUCUGCGAAGUGUGUUUCAAUAAUUUUGUCAAUUAUGUCAAUUACGAGUAA